UAGAGGGCUGUUCUCGUGCUGUUCCCGGGAUCUAUGCAGCCGCUGGAAGACAAUGAAGACACCAAGAAGGGCAUUCUGACCAAUUGAGAAUCACAAGCAGCAUUAAAAAACAAAGCAAAUCUAUCCUGCAAUCAAAAUGUAUUCCGUUUCUUCAAGAAAACCACAAAAACUUUCUCCUUCCACAGCAAGUAACAGAUAAAAGAGAGAAUAACAGGAAGAGAGUUUUGUGCUGGAAAUAAUUGAUGAUGUGAAACUCAAACCACUCUACAAAAGAUCAGAGUGGAUCGUUUCUAAAUUCAGAAAAAGAAGGAAAUAUCUAGAAAUCAGUGGAGAGGAAGGAGUUACUUGUGUAGCCACGUAGGUCACAUAAUCAUGGAAGCCCCGUGCUGUGAAGAAAGGAAGAGUAGCUUGAUUCAAAACAGCAUCCAAGAAGGGAUCCAAAAUAUUUUUGACCUUCAGAAUCCAGGAAUAUCAUUGGUGGAAAAGCACCACAGGUGUGCAUAUUGUGGGGAAAAGACAGAUUGCAGAUCAGAGUUGAUUAUGCAUGAGAGGAACCAUACUGAAGAAAAGUUCUCCCAGUGCCCUCAAUGUGGCAAAAACUUUACAAAGCAUGCUACUCUAGUGAUACACAAGAGAAGUCAAAUGGCGGAGAAGCUGUACGAGUGUCUGGAUUGUGAGAAAAGUUUCAGUCAGAAUUCCAAUCUCUUGAUGCACCAGAGGACUCACACAGGGGAGAAACCAUAUGAGUGUCCAGAUUGUGGGAAAAGUUUCCGUCUUAAUUCCCAUCUGGUGGUACACAAGAGGUCGCACACAGGGGAGAAACCAUAUGAGUGUCUGGAUUGUGGGAAAGGUUUCACUCAUAGUUCCCACCUUGUGAUACACCGGAGAACUCACACAGGAGAGAAACCUUAUGAGUGUCCAGAUUGUGGGAAAGGUUUCCGUGUUAAUUCCCACCUGGUGGCGCACCAGAGAAUUCACACAGGAGAGAAACCAUAUCAGUGUCUGGAUUGUGGGAAAGGUUUCAGUCAGAAUUCCCAACUAGUGGUGCACCAGAGGACACACACAGGAGAGAAACUGUAUGAGUGUCCAGAGUGUGGAAAAAGUUGCACUCACAAUUCCGACCUCAUGGUACACCUGAGGACACACACAGGAGAGAAACCGUAUGAGUGUCCAUAUUGUAGGAAACGUUUCAGUCACAAUUCCAACCUGGUGGUACACCAAAGGAUACACACAGGAGAGAAACCAUAUGAGUGUCCGUACUGUGGGAAAAGUUUCAGUCGGAAUUCUUACCUGGUGAUACACCAGAGGACUCACACUGGGGAGAAACCAUAUCAGUGUUUGGAUUGUGGGAAAAGUUUUAGUCACAGUUCUGAACUGGUGAGACAUCAGAGGAUACAUACAGGAGAGAAACCGUACGAGUGUCCAGACUGUGGGAAAAGUUUCAGUCAGAAUUCCAGCCUGGUGAUACACAAGAGGACUCACACUGGGGAGAAACCAUAUGAGUGUUCGGAUUGUGGGAAAACUUUCAGUCAGAACUGCUACCUGAUUAUACAUGAGAGGACUCACACAGGGGAGAAACCAUAUGAGUGUCUGUAUUGUGGGAAAAGUUUCAUUCGGAAUUAUGCCUUGGUGAUACACCAGAGGACUCACACAGGGGAGAAACCAUAUGAGUGUUUGGAUUGUGGGAAAAGUUUCCGUCUCAGUUCUCACCUAGUGGUGCACCAGAGGAUUCACACUGGGAAGAAACCAUAUGUGUGUCAGGAUUGUGGGGAAAGUUUCAGUCAGAAUUGUCUCCUGAUAUACCACCAGAGGGCACACACAGGAGAAAAACCAUAUGAGUGUCCAGAGUGUGGGAAAAGUUUCAGUAACAAUUCUCACCUGGUGGUGCACCAGCGGAUUCACACAGGAGAGAAACCAUAUGAGUGUCUGGAUUGUGGGAAAAGUUUCAGUCGGAAUUCCCACCUGGUGGUGCAUCAGAGAACUCACACAGGGGAGAAACCAUAUGAGUGUCCUGAUUGUGGGAAAGGUUUUAGUACUAGGUCUAAACUUGUAAAUCAUGUAGGUUUGCACAUAGGAGAGAAACCUUUCAAAUGCUCAGAAUGUGGACGGUGCUUUACUCAAAAUUCCUCCCUUACUGCACACAAGAAAAUCCACAUGAAGCAAAAGGUGUUGAAUAUAGAGAAGUCUUGAAUUUCCUUUCUGAACUCCUUUGGUAAUGCAGUUGAGAAAUUAACUAUUUAAUUUCUCAGCUCAUUCACUUUAUUAAAAUGU